AUGUCUUUGCCCUCUCUUCGCAUCGUGACAACCACUCCCACCUCCACUCCCACUCCCACCCCCGCGACAACAACAAAUGCCACCACGACGAGGACGACAACCACAAAGACAGGCUGGAGGGACAGUAUUUACCCCAGUGACGAUGACCCUCUCAUUUCACGGGCCGCAAGCUUCACCGACCUGCCCAGCCAAUCGCCCCAAUCCACCUCGUCCGGUUUGAGACGCACUUUCUCCGAUUGCGCUGUGCCUACCCUCUCCGAUUCUCCCACGAAAGAGACCGUGGCGGCGGGGAAGGAUAUUCUACGGCGGACGUCAUUGCGCGCCAAAAGACCCGAGAGAUUAUCCCGAGCCGUUUCGCACUUCACCCUUUCUUCCACGGACGAUCUCAAGGAAAGCAAUCCUACGUCGCAGCAGGAUGGAAGUGGAGCCAGCGUCCCGGAGACACGGGCUCCCGAGCCCGUCGCCCGACCAUUAAAGACUCGUUCCAUGUCGGGUCGGAUUGUCAGUUUGGCCCGGAAACCCUGGGGGUCGUCAUCUCGGUCCCCUUCACCAGCAGCCAAACGAACCACCCAGAGGCUUGAAGAACAAUCGCCCACUCGCUUACGGGAUCGGAAGACCGAUGCUCCGGACAAUGGCGAGGGCGACGAAACCCCAACAUCUCGCAGGCGAACGAUGCUCUACAAGCGUCCUCGACGGCCGAUGGUGGCGGUCGUCUCCAAAGGCAACUCCGAUUCCCCAGACUCUCCCAACAGCCCGUCACAGUCGUUACGAAAUCGAACGUCCCUCGAACGAUUUACGGCGUCUCUGUCCAUCUCAACGCCAAUACUGCCUCCCAUGCCCAAGGGCGCCGCCAAGACCGUGGCCUCCUACACGAACAAUGGGGGCGACAGCGGUACAAAGACGGGCAACAGUGUCAAGAGCAACGACCGAUACGAAACCUCGCAGAAGAAGGACGAGCUGUGGGGCCUGUUUCGCGGUCUGGAAGCGGACUUUCAAAAAUUCCAAUCCAAGUCCACCGCAUUAAAGGCAAAUGUCAUUCGCUCGUCACUCCUCCCGUUUCUCAAUCGUCAUCAGUUACACUCCUGUUGCAAGAAUCUUCGACCCGAAGACCUGGAUCGCCGAGUCAACAUCCUGAACAAAUGGUGGAUCGGCAUGUUGGAGAUGCUGAAUGGCAAGCAUAAUCAGUCCAUCUCGGGCACUGAUCGGCCCGUUUACCUGGAAGCCGUGGUGGGCAUCAUGAGUCGACCAGAGUGGCGCAUCCCAUACCCCAGUACGCAGCAAGACAGUGACCCAAGCGAUUCUUUGAAAUACGCCUCGACCUCCGUCUCGGAGGCGUCAGACGGGUCUGUCUCAUCCGGGUCGGACUUUCUGGUCGAAAGCAUUCACCACAACAUUCGCAACAUUUUUGUCCAGAAUCUCGUCUCUCAGAUGGUGUUUGUGGUCGAGCGCAUGUCGAUGAGACACGCGCCUGCGAGUUUGGUAGCCUUUUGCGGAAAGGCCUGUGCGUAUGCCUUCUUUUUCUGCCCAGGAGUCGCGGAUCAAAUGGUUCGCCUCUGGAAGACCCCCCCAGCGGUAUUCCGUCGCAUUCUGGCGGAGAGUCCCAAGUCUUCCGCCGAGGACAUGCGUGCCUUCACUCAAGAACUGGCGGUCAACUUCCCGCUCGCGAUCCGGCCGUUGGCCUUUCACUCACACGGCCCUCUGCUGCGAUAUCUGCGCACCAAGCCCGAACCGCCUCUCAAUACGACUAAUAUCCCAUGGCGGGGCCCCUGGAUCGCACGGUGGUGUGGGCGAGACACGGAUCUCUUCUUUGUUUUCCUGAAGUACAUCCACAUUCUCUACGCGGAAUAUACACCUCCCGCUACGGCGAAAGAGAGAAGGACGUUCGCGCCCGGAUUGCUCAUGGUCCACGCACAAUUGGUGGUGGCCAUCGAGGACACGAUCUUCAAACAGUCGAUGCCACCGCAGGAGACUAAUCACGUCGCGGCGGCCAUCACCUUCGAUGACUUGAUGGAAACCCCCGACGUGUCUGCCGCUUCGCACUCGCUCAUGAGUGGCCGAAGCAGCCACCGGUCGAUGGCGGAAAAUCGCCUGGUCAUCCUGCUUCGCGAUUUCCUCUCUGAUUCCUCAGCCGAGCCCAACCGUGCGCGACUGUUCUACGCGGAAAGCUUCUGCGGACUACUCAGGACUGCAGCGCAACGGAUUUCUCUCUUCGACCAUCGGGCAUGCUUCCUUCUCUGUGAUUUCUUGGAGGAGGUCAUUCCGAUCGUUGCUCGAUAUUCCCAGUCCAUCGAAACCCAAUUCUUCGACUGGUCAUUUUGGUUGGAUGUCUGUCGGCAGAUGAUGCAAAGCCAUAAUUCACUGACCGAAGUCCGGGCUCUCUCUUUUCUCUACAGCAUAUGGCCCACCUGGACCGCAACAAAUGAUCGCAAGGCGGGCCUUUGUCUAGGCUUCUUGCUCCACGAACCCAUCUUUUAUCACUAUUUUAAUCAUUGGAGCCCGAUGGUGCGCGCCUACUUUCACCGGAUACUGUGCUGGAGAGUCGGUCGAUUCCACGAGGAUCCCUCAUCCCUUGACUCAUUGAUCUACGAGACGCUCUCCGACAGACUGCUGCGGGUGUGGGAGUACUAUAUCGGGUUUCAAUCCAAGGCCGAGGAGGGCCUCACCGCACCCUUGUCCUCUGCACCUUGUACGCCCGCUCCGGGCCGACGAAUCAUUAUCAUUCGAUGUGAAAAUCAAUUAUCUCCGGUCAACUUAUUUGUCUCCUUUGACCGGGUUGUUCCUCCGGUGCGGUCCGAUCAGAUCAGCCCACCUCGACGCGUCAAUCCGCCUGAUACGGCUGGAUCAGAUGCUCAGGCGCCUAAGCGGCGAUGGGGUCUCCUUCGCUCCAUGUUUGGAAGUUCGGCGAAGCAGAAUGAGGCAGCGACCGGCAGCUCUGGAGACGACUCUGAAGGUACGGGUGGAGAUAUUUCGAAAAAUCCGUCUCCUCAAUGCGUGGAAGAACACGAAAAGACGCCCUCGCCACCUCCAGAGGAACCCGUCAAGCCCAAAGUGACCCACCAGCCAUACUCCUUCAAAUUCUCCCUCGAGUGGAUGGAUCGCCCAUGUUUUCCGGCCAAGAACAAACGUCUCUUCCGACCGUGUCUGCCCGUGGCCUCGCAGCUUCACGUUCAGCAAUGCCGAUCUCGAUCGCCGACAGAAUCCGUCGAUUUCGAGACCGCUUCCGAGACGAUUUCGACCGAUGACACCUCUGAGCAAAGCAUCACGCGGAGCGAUAAACAGAGCAUGCCGGCCGAUUCUCAUCGAUCCCCAACGACCGCCCAAAGCUCACCCAUCACAGAUCCGGGCGCUCUUUCCAAACAAGAGUACAUUGUUGCCAGCAAGUACGCCGGUCGCGCGCUGGCAGAAUGGGCUUAUAUUGUUUCGGAAUGUGACAGCUUCUUCGCUCGUCGCCGUGACGAGGGUGUUCCCUCUGAUCGUGCGGUGGAAACUCCCAGUCUGGGCGUUGAAAGCUUCCGGAAAUAG